AUGGUUGCUCCCAUUUGGCAGAUUUUUCUGGAGUGGUUUGGGAAAAUUGAGCUUAUUGAGUGCCCGGACAUUCACUCUUUCCUUACUUUUGCUUGGAAUUCUUCUUUCAGUUCUCUCUUACAGCGUCUUUGGAAAAUCGGUGUUAUUAGUCUUAUUUGGAAUAUUUGGAUCAGCCGUAACAAUGUUAUUUUCGAUGAUCAAGCGUUUAGCGCGGUUGCUGUUAUUAAGUUUCUUAAGCUGGUUUUUAAGGAGACGGAUGAUAUUAAGAAGCUUGGAUUUAUGGAUAAUAUUUGGAGUGACUAUCUUUCUCUCCGCAACCUCGGUGUGAAGUCUAGACCUGCUCCCCCUCCGGAUUACAUAUCGGUUUAUUGGUGGCCUCCUGACAUCAACUGGGUCAAGGUGAACACGGACGGUUCCGCUUCGGGCGCACCAGGCUUAAUCUCCGCUGGUGGGGUUUUUAGAAAUCAUAAAGCGGACGUCUGUGGCUGUUUUCAUAUAAAGGGUGGCUCGGGCUUUGCGUUCGAAGCUGAGCUUCUUGGAGUCAUCACGGCCAUAGCCAUUGCUCACAACCGAGGGUGGCGUCGCCUUUGGCUGGAGGCGGACUCCUCUUAUGUCGUGAAUUUGCUUCAGAACCGUGGCAUGGAUGUGCCUUGGCGUUUUAGGACUUAUUGGAAGGAUACUCUCAGGCGUCUUGAGGAUUUUGUUUUCACGGUUACACACAUAUACAGAGAAGGUAAUACUGCUGCGGACAUCAUGGCCCACUCGUCUCGCCGGGAAGGGUGGUGGUCUAAUGAGAUUGAGGAAAUUAAGGAGGCGGUGCGGUUGGACAUGUCGACGCACAGCUACACUCGACGUAUUUGA